AUUGUCAAAGUCAAUAUUGUCAAAAUCAUACUGUAGUUGCAUGAGUUUAAUUUUGUGGUUUGUUUAUUUUUCAAAAGUUUGAUAAUAAACUAGUAAUUGACAAAUUAAUAUGUAACGUUGCAUUAAAUCAAAAAAUCAAUUGAAGGGACGAAAUGUGAACAUAAGCAAUAAAUUUGUACUUUCAGAAAUGAUAAGACAAUCAUUAAAAUUUCGAAAGACUGUAACCAUCGUUUGUGUUUUAUCUUUACUUAUCUUUAUAUUUCUUAUUCUUAGGCAAGAUCAAAUAAAUAGUACAGGAAACGUCAGACAAAACCAAAGAAUAGAUAAGGAGUUCCAGGACAUAGCAUACCGAGAUUUUAAUCACAGACCAAAGAAAAAUGAUUUCAAUCAGAAUAUCUUAAAAGACAUGGAUACUAAUAAAGUUGCUGACAAUUCAAAACAAGAGCUCGCUGAAGCAAAAGCACGAAUAGAACUAUUAGAGAAAAAAUUAGCUAUUUUAGAAGGGAGAAUACCACAGAAAUAUCCUGAUGUCAAAUAUCUUGGAUAUAAGGAACGAAAGAGAAUAUUGGUCACUGGUGGGGCAGGAUUUGUCGGAUCCCACCUUGUCGACAUUCUCAUGACACAAGGCCAUGAAGUAAUUGUCGUUGACAAUUUUUUCACUGGCCGCAAAAGAAAUGUUGAACAUUGGUUUGGACACAGAAAUUUUGAGAUGAUUCAUCAUGACAUAGUGAAUCCAUUAUAUAUAGAGGCAGAUGAAAUAUAUCACUUAGCUAGUCCUGCGAGCCCACCUCAUUAUAUGCAAAACCCUGUGAAGACAAUCAAAACAAAUACUUUGGGAACAAUCAAUAUGCUUGGUUUAGCGAGGAGAGUGGGGGCGAAAAUUUUAAUAGCAAGCACUUCAGAAGUCUAUGGUGACCCAAUGGUUCACCCACAACCAGAAUCUUACUGGGGCCAUGUCAAUCCAAUAGGGCCGCGUGCGUGCUACGACGAAGGCAAGAGAGUGGCAGAAACAUUAGCGUACUCAUACGCUAAGCAGGAGAACGUGUCUGUACGAGUUGCCAGAAUAUUUAAUACUUAUGGACCUCGGAUGCAUGUUUCGGAUGGAAGAGUCGUGUCCAAUUUCAUCAUGCAAGCUAUACAAAAUUUGACUAUUACAGUUUAUGGCAAUGGAAAACAAACGCGGUCCUUUUGUUAUGUCUCAGAUCUGGUAGAUGGUCUGCUAGCACUAAUGGCUUCCAGUUACACUUUACCAGUUAAUAUUGGAAAUCCAGUAGAACACACUAUAGAAGAAUUUGCUGUAAUAAUAAAGAAUCUAGUCCCCGGGUGCCGUAGUACCGUGGCUACUGGUGCUGCUGUCGAAGAUGACCCUCAGCGCCGUCGUCCAGAUAUAACCCUUGCUGAAACGCAUCUCAAUUGGUCUCCUAAGAUAUCUCUACAAGAUGGGUUGCAAAGAACAAUUGAUUAUUUCAAAGAGGAGUUGUCGAGAACAACCUUCUACAACAACCAAACGUACAUGGAUGUAAAAGUAAAAAGCCGACAUUAGAUAUAAACUAGAAAUCCUCUAUGAAUGUGAUAUUAGCAUUACUGUAGGUAUUUUCAAAAUAGAAUCUGGAAAUCGAAUCUAAAAAUCUCUUAUAAAAAUGGCGUUCUGUGUUGAGAUUCUAUUCCAUUUAUUUUUGACGUUAUUUAAACGAGUGAGAAUUUAAAUUUUUAUGUAGAUCUAGCACAGAUAACAAAUUUUAUUAGAUCUGCAUUUACGCACAUCUUUAAUAAGAACUAAGUUUAUGGAGCUUUCGAUGUCUAUGGUUCCCAGUUACUGUCAGAUUUAUCUGUCAUAAAAGUUGCGUUUUCUGUGUUAAACAUUUAUAUAUAGCAUAUUGCAUUGGUGAGUAUAU